AUGAAUGAAGAAAAGAACGAAACUACAGAUGAGAAAGUAACAAUAGUUUCUUUAGAGGAUAUAAACAAGAUCAAGUUUGCUAAAAUACAUCGUCCUGAAAGAACAAAAACGAUACAGACGAUUGAUACCAUUGCCUCGCGUAGACCUUCUAUUAGUGCUCCUAAACGUCCAUUAAAAAAAAUAAAAAAAGAAAAUAAACAAGUUGAUAUUAAUGAAUUUUUAUUAAGUCCUGAAGAAUGUGCUGAUAAGUAUAAUACGUGUAUUGAUUUAUUAAAAGCUGCAGAAUCAAAAGGUCUUACUUCUCAACAAGCUGAGGAUAUACUCAUCAAAACAGGUCCAAAUAUGUUGAGUCCACCUAAAAAGAGACACCCAUUCUUAAAAUAUAUUGAUUGUGUUUUAAAACUGUUCAAUUUACUUUUGAUUCUAGCUGGUCUUUUGGAUUAUAUAUUGCUGGCAAUUGAUUAUAAAGCUAAUUUUCCUAACACUUAUCUUGGUGCUAUUCUUAUUGGUGUAUCCUUGCUAAAUGCAUUUAUUGAAUUCUAUCAAGAGCAAAAAUCACAGGCCUUGUUGGAAUCAUUCUUGAAUAUGGUCCCUGCUAGGUGCAUGGUGAUUCGUGAUGGUAAAGUGCAACAGAUCGAAGCUGUUCAUCUUGUUAUUGGAGAUAUUGUAUUGGUUCGUAUGGGAGAUAAGAUACCAGCUGAUCUAUUUAUAUUUGCUUCAUCAGAUCUCAAAGUAGACAAUUCCCCUUUAACUGGUGAAUCUGAGCCUCAAGAACGCUGCGCUAUCAAUACUCAAAAAUCUAUCUUUGAAGCUGAAAAUAUCGCUUUCAAUGGCACUUUGGCUGUAUCUGGUGAAGGGUAUGGUAUCGUAGUUCGUACAGGUGAUAAUACUGUACUAGGUCAAAUUGCUGGGCUCACUGCAGGUGAAGCAAAGACUCAAUCACCUCUUUCUCAAGAAAUUUCUGAAUUCGUAAAAAUUAUUGCUACAAUUGCUUUUACUACAGCUGCUGUUUUCUUUGGUAUAGGUUUUCCUGUAAAUAACAAUAAUAUUUCUCUUACACUUAACUUUGCUAUCUCUGUUUUCGUUGCUUGGGUUCCAGAAGGCUUACCUGCUACAGUGACGAUCCUAUUAACUGUCUCUGCAAAACGUAUGGCAGCAAGGAACGUACUUGUGAAGGAUUUACAAGGUGUUGAGACAUUAGGGGCCAUCACUUUACUUGCCACAGACAAGACGGGUACAUUGACGCGUAAUCAGAUGACGGUAACUUAUGUAUGGUCCUGUUUUACCUUAAGGAAUGUCAUGGAUAAACAAACGCAACAAAGCCCUAUUAUUGAUUCCCCUGGCAUGAAGGAGAUUAUAGAGAUCUCUACAUUGAACUCUCGUGCUAAAUUUGACCGUGUGGAUGUGCCGAUAUCUCAACGUCAGAUCCUGGGUGACGCUACUGAAACAGGUCUAGUUCGAUUUGCUGGUGAGCAAUUGGGUAAAAGAUAUGACAGUAUCCCUGAUCAGUUUCCUAAAGUAUUCGAGAUACCUUUCAACUCGGAUAAUAAAUGGGCCAUGACAAUUCAUAAAAAGAAGCAUCAGAACAACGGUUCUCUUACCCUGUAUGUGAAAGGCGCCCCCGAGCGUGUACUUGAAUUAUGUGGAUCCAUCUUACUUGAUCAAGAUACCUCUGUCCCUAUUACUGAUGAACAUCGUGCUACCUUUCAAGAGACCUAUUCCUAUAUGGCUGGUCAAGGUCAUCGUGUAUUGGCCUUUGCUCAGGUUCUAUUACGUGAUUCAGAGUAUCCAGUUGAUUAUGUAUUUGAUAAGAAUAAAAAGAAUUAUCCAAUGUCGAACAUGACGUUUGUCGGCUUAGUAUCCCUUCAGGAUCCUCCAAAGCAUGGUGUUCGUGAGGCGAUAGGUAAAUGCCGUGAAGCAGGUAUCAAGGUCAUUAUGGUCACUGGCGAUCAUCCGUUAACGGCUGAAGCGAUUGGGCGUAAAAUUAACUUGAUUGUUGGAGAGACGAGAUCAGAGGCUGCGAGACGGCUUCAGUGUACUGAGGACCAAGUCAAUGAGAAUGAAUUCAAGAGCAUUGUGAUUCAUGGUGAUACGAUUGAUCAAUUGACAGAGGAGGAUUGGGAUCUGAUCUUUUCCAAGGAUGAAAUCAUCUUUGCACGUACUUCGCCAAAACACAAACUUGAGAUUGUUAAACAUGCUCAAUCUAUGCGUCAUAUCGUUGGAGUCACAGGGGAUGGUGUUAAUGAUGCCCCAGCUUUGAAGAAAGCAGAUUUAGGUAUUGCCAUGAACAUCUCAGGAUCUGAUGUCUCUAAGGACGCGGCUGCGAUGAUUCUGUUGGAUGAUAAUUUUGCCUCUAUCAUUCAUGGUAUCGAGGAGGGACGUUUAAUAUUUGUUAAUUUAAAAAAGUCGAUUAUGUAUACCAUUACUCAUUCAAUGCCUGAGGUCAUCCCUAACUUACUUUACAUUAUCGUACCCCUUCCUUUACCGUUGUCUGCUAUCCUUAUCUUGGUCAUCGACCUUGGCUUUGAAUUGUUUGCAGCUCUUACGUUUGCUUGGGAUAAACCGGAGACAGCUGAAGGGCUAAUGAAGUUAAGGCCUCGGAAAUCGGUGACACCAGCCUCCAUUGACCGCUAUCGUCGAACUUUACAUCGUAAGGCACGCUACAUUGAAUAUGAUGGUGAGACGGGAGAAGAGAUCCGACCAUCCUUCCUUCGUCGUAUCUAUCAUCGACUUCAUGAGCUUUCCUCUAAGGCCUAUUGGAGAGAAAAGUUUGAGAAGAAGGAAGAAGAGGAGGAGGUCCUGGUUGAUCUGCCGUUACUAUCAUGGGCUUAUUUAGAAUUUGGUAUGAUCGAAGCUAUUGGUAACUUGACUUGCUAUUUCGUUGUCCUUUGGUAUAAUGGUAUCUCACCUUCUGAUGCAGUUACUAUGCAGCGUGGUACGAGUUCCCCUACCUACUAUUUCUCUAAUGGGCCCACCAUCUAUGCUCAAGAUUAUGUGACCCUUGCUGGUAAAGUGUUAAAUGCAGCUGCUCAAAGGCGUGCCCUUAGUCAGGCACAAUCGAUUGUCUAUUGGAGCAUCAUGAUCAUGCAAAUGUUCAAUAUGUUUGCUUGCAAGACACGAUUUACAUUACCUAUCGGUAGAUAUAUGUUUUCCAAUAAAUAUAACUUUCUAGGUAUCUUGGGCGGUGCCUCCUUGGCUACUUUAAUUGUCUAUUGUCCUCCAUUCAAUAUCCCCUUUGGCACUGAUUAUCAAUUACUACCUCUUUGGUGGCUAAUUGCUAUUGGAUUUGGUUUUAUUAUCCUUGCUUAUGCAUGUAUUCGUAUGAAGAUUCGACAAAAGAUGACUCCUAUUCAUUUUAAUCCAGAUAUUCAAGGUUUACGUAUGUAUCCUACUAUUCACACAGUAGCUACUCAAGAUUCUCGAACUACAAGUAAAAUGGUUUAA